AUGCCAGAGACUGAUAGUCACUCUUUCUCUCUCAUUUCCGAGCCGGGUAUUGAGACAAUAUACACCCCAACGGACCAAGACACGGAUGAGUAUGAAUUCGUGUUUGACGAUUCUCGUUCUGAAUGCUUGCAACGGGACGAUGAUUCAAGCUGUUGCACUUCAUUAGCAGCCAGCAUAUUCGACUAUGAGCACUCUCAUGGCCGACGUUAUCACGCCUAUUUGGCUGGCAGAUAUCCGCUACCCAAUGACGAAGGCGAGCAGUAUCGCGAACUAGCUGAGCAUUUCCUGAUGCAGCAACUUCUGGUAUGUCAAGAUACUCGGGCAACGGUCAAAGUAAAGCAAAGGCUAACCAUCUGGUUGAUACAGAAUGGUAAACUCUUUUUGUCCGAGGUUGGCAAAGAUGCGAAGAAAAUAAUCGAUCUCGGGACAGGAAAUGGGGCAUGGGUGAUAGACGUGGCCGAUGAGUAUGACAAGACGAGCGUGAUAGGAACCGAUCUAUCACCUAUUCAACCCAAAUCAAUGCCCCCAAAUGCAUCUAUGUUUGUUGAAGACUGCGAGGAUCCCUACUGGGCCAAUGGUAAGGACUUUGAUAUGGUCCACCUCAGGGGAAUGGUCGGGUUUCUUCUUGAUCUGGACACAAUGGUUGCUAAUGCCCACGAACACCUGAAGGAGGGCGGAUGGAUCGAGUUCCAAGAUUUCGACUACACAGUUCGCUGCGAUGAUGGCACCAUGCAGAAAGAUGAUCCCUUGCGAGUUUUCUUCGAUACCUGCGCUCAGGGGAUACGAAAAUACGGCUAUACCAACUUUGGUAAGAAAGACGUUCGAAAAACUCUCAUAGCCGCCGGCUUCACUCGAGUUCAGGCGGUGAGUGAGAAAGUGCCCAUCUCAUGCUGGCCACAAGAUGAAGGAAUGAAAGAUUUGGGGAAGUUGAUGGAAGUCAACGUCUUGGAUCUGAUCGGUUCGAUGGCUGUAAAGCCGUUGAAUGCCUUAGGAAUACCAGAAGAGAAGCGAAAAGAGAUGGUAUCUCAGGCUUGUAUGAGCCUCAAGAAUGAUAAAGCUCAUCGAUAUAUGAACUGUCGUAUCAUUUAUGGCCAGAAGAAUGGGGACCAAGGCUCUGUGGCUAGCCUUGGUUUUGAUUCGUGA